AUGGCUACAGCUACCACCGUAUUGCAAUCCAUCCAAACGCGAGCCUCGGUAACAGAACAUCAGAGCACCAAGAUGCAAGCACUCCGCCCAAGGGUCGAAGACACAUUCAUGGAUGGCUUGUCAACUAUUGAUGGAACCGGUGCAACCAUUGGCAGAAGUGCUCCUAUCAAGGGCAUUCCCAAAUUCCCAGAUCCGUAUCAAGAACGCAAAUGGAUGCUGGAACGUAUGGCCGGUGCCUUUCGAGUGAUCGCUCGCAAGGGAUAUGUUGAAGGUACGGCGGGUCACAUCUCGAUUCGUGACCCGGUCGACCCUGAAACUUUUUGGAUCAACCCUCUUGCUCGCCAUUUUGGUCUGAUGAAAGCGAGUGACAUGGUCCAUGUCAAUAUGAAGGGAGAAAUUAUUGGUGGAAAUUAUGCAUGUAUCAACAACGCAGGUUUCAACAUCCACUCCGCCCUUCACGAAGCCCGACCCGACGUCAAUGCAGCAUGCCACUUCCACAGCAUCCACGGCAAGGCAUGGUCAGCCUUCGGGAGACCUCUGGAAAUGCUCAACCAAGACGCGUGCACAUUCUUCAAAGAUCAUGCCGUUCACGACAUGUUUGGCGGCAUUGCAUUCGAAGCCUCGGAAGGAGAGAGGAUAGCUACAGCUCUAGGCAACAAAAGGUGUGCCAUCUUGAAGAACCAUGGUCUCUUGACGACAGGGAAGACCGUCGAUGAGGCGGCGUUCCUGUAUACCCUGAUGGAAAACUCCUGUCGCAUACAGCUUCUUGCAGAGGCUGCUGUAGCAUCGGGGAUCGAGAAGCACCUUUGUCCUGAUGCCGAAGCUGAGUAUACAUACCGGUUGACUACACCUGAGGCCAUGUGGUUGGAGUUCCAGCCGGAUUACGAAUAUGAACUGGCCAUGUCAGGCGGAGACUUUCUCUCGUAA